AAUUCCCCCCCCCCAAGGUUGUGGAUAUCAUGAGGGUGAACGUGGACAAAGUUUUGGAACGUGACCAGAAGCUUUCGGAGUUGGACGACCGCGCCGACGCGCUGCAGGCCGGCGCUUCCCAGUUUGAGACCAGUGCUGCCAAGCUCAAACGCAAGUACUGGUGGAAGAACCUCAAGAUGAUGAUCAUUUUGGGGGUGAUAUGCGCCAUCGUCCUCAUCAUCAUCAUCGGUGAGUGGGCGCUAAUGAGAUGGUAAUGUAUGCAAAUGAGGGGGGCGUGGCAUGCAAAUACACAGAGAAGGGGUGGGGUGUCACUGGCAGGUGAAAAAUUAAGGCCUGUGUGGUAUGCAAAUGAGGGUGGGGUGAGCAAAUGAGGGCUGUAGAGGUGAGGAGGAAGAUGUAAAUAAGGAGGAUAUGUAAAUGAAGGGGGUGCGGCAUGCAAAUAAGGGAAACCGCAUGCAAAUGAGGGGCGGGGCAUGCAUUAGAGUUUGCCCGCUGAGAGCUGCAACCUGAUUGGUCAGUCCCGUUUGCUGCCAUCCAAUAGGGCUGUAGGGGUGGAGUUGGGCUGAAUGAGGGGCGGCUAUGAAUGGGAGACAGUGGGCGGGGCUUGAGGGUUGUGGGCGGAGCUUGGGAGAGUGGGCGGGGCUUAAGGGUGACCAUUGCUAUGAAUGGGAGACAGUGGGUGGGGCUUGAGGUUUGUGGGCGUGGCUUGGGGGAGGGGCGGGCCUUAAGGGUGACCACAGCUAUGAAUGGGACGCGGUGGUUGGGGCUUGAGGGUUGUGGGCAGAGCUUGGGAGAGUGGGCGGGGCUUAAGGCUGACCACUGAUAUGAAUGGGAUACGGUGGGCGGGGCAUGUUCUUGUGGGCGGGGCUUGAGCAUUGUGGGUGGGGCUUAGUGUUUGUGGGUGGGGCUUAAGGGUGACCACUGCUAUAAAAUGGGAUACAGUGGGCGGGGCAUAGUGUUUGUGGGCGGGGCUUGAGGGUCGUGGGCGGAGCUUAUGGGCUACCAGCACUAAAACUGGGGAACAGUGGGCAGGGCUUGAGGGUUGUGGGCGGAGCUUGGGAGAGUGGGCGGGGCUUAAGUGUGACCACUGCUGUGAAUAGGACACAGUGGGCGGGGCAUGGUGUUU